GCGGGUGCGCUCGAUGUUGACCUGAGCUUUGUCGCGGGGCUAGAUUUAGCGGGGUCGCCAGCGUCACCCGUCGAUCGCGUGUGCUCUGCCGCAGCCAAAUUUUUUUGGACGCCAAGAUUUCGCGAUUUGAGGUCAAGAUUCUCUACAGUGGUAACUUCGUGUUCGGCCUCCUUUUGCUAUGAAAGUCCGUGUAUACCACUUAUUAUCACAACCAUGGCCCCGACAAAACCACAAGAUCGCAAUCGUAGAUCGAAGAAGAGCAAGAAUCCUGCAAACCAGAAUGGAGCUCCAAAGAAGCCCAAGCAAAGGCCGGAAGACUUACUCGCAGAAGCAAUUGCAUUGCUGCAGACAUCACAACCCGACGAGGCCCUGAUACAAGCUCGUCGCGCACUAGCUAUCCUACAGCCGCAACCAGAAGAGCCACGUUUAGAAGCAUUGCCUGCACUUAAUCUACUUGGGGAGAUCUGUGUGGAAUUGGGCGAUGCUGAUACCGCCAGAGAAUAUUUCACAAUUGCAGCAGAACUAGAUCCAGAAGGCAGCAUUCCAGAAGAGUCGGGGGGAGGUUCAGAAAAGUACCUAUGGCUGGCGCAACUCUGCGAAGAGGGUGGUGCCGAGAGUGUUCGCUAUUUCGAGCAAGGCGCAACGAUCCUUAGACGGCAGAUUGCGCAUCUUGAGAGUCUCUUGAAACGGACACCGCUGCAAGAGGCGUUAUUAGGUGACAAGAAGAUCAAGAUGGCGAAUGCGUUAUGUGGAGUGGUAGAGGUGUACAUGACAGAUCUUUCAUGGGAAGAAGAUGCGGAGGCCAGAUGCGAAUCCGUUGUCACAGAGGCAAUGCUAGUCGCGCCCAACAGUCCGGAGGUCCUCCAAACGCUUGCAAAUGUACGGAUCUCACAGUCAAAGAUGGAAGAUGCGCAGUCCGCCCUAUUACGAAGCCUGGACAUAUGGAAAGACUUGCCCCCUGAAGACGCAAAAGUGCCCGACUUCCCGACAAGGAUCAGCCUAGCUCGUCUUUUGAUGGAGGCAGACAUGAAGGAAGAAGGAUUUGAGGUGCUUGACAGAUUAACGACAGAGGACGAUUGCAGUGUAGAAGCUUGGUAUCUAGGAGGGUGGUGUCUCUACUUGCUUGGAGAGGAGGCCAAGUCCACGGCUAGUUCUUCGACAGACAAGAGUGACGUCUCAGCGCUCCUCACACAAAGUCGGAGAUGGUUGAAAAGGGCGCUGAAGCUAUACGAAGCGUUGCAUUAUGAAGACGAUCGAUUACGGGAUCACACGGUCGAACUGGUCGAGGAACUGGACAAGACACUAGGUCUAGCAAACGACGAGGAUGAUGAGGAUGAUGAAUGGGUUGACGAACCCGAGGUCGAUAGUGAAGAUGAGACAAUGGAAGGAACUUGAGACUUUACUGUGUUGUUGGUUCAAUGUAACCAGUUCGCUGUAACUUGGCGAUCUCGCCUCUUUGUUAAGCUCCAAAUACGUCGUCGGAGUUUCAAUCGGGCUCAAUCUUGCAAAUGAAAGCCAGUAGCAGCCCAAGAGAAAACCC